CUUUCGCUUGGUAUUUUGCAUUUUCUUAAUACGAGCGCGAUUAACCACUCCCAACUCUCAUCGUCUCGCAUCUCUGUGGUCGCAUUCACCAAAAUAUCUAAUUUUGGGGUCUUGGACUACGCGUUUGAAACGAGAGACAAAUGGAUCGUAUUAGCACUCUACCAGACGAGCUUCUUUGUCUUAUAUUGUCCUUCCUUACAACAAAGGAGGCUGCUUUGACUUCGAUUCUCUCAGUGAGGUGGCGCAAUCUGCUUGCAUUUGUUCCUAAUCUAGAUAUCGACGACUAUGCGUUUCUGCAUCCCGAAAUGGGUAAAAGGGAAAGGGAGGGAGUUCUACAGAGCUUCAUGGCUUUCGUGGAUAGGGUUUUGGCUUUGCAGGGUAAUUCUCCCAUUAACAAAUUCUCCCUCAAGUGUAGAACUGGGGUUGAUCCAGCUCGUGUGGAUGGUUGGAUGAGUAAUGUGCUAAGCCGCGGUGUUUCGGAGCUUGAUCUGUUAAUCAUUUUGGGUAUGGAUAUGGAAGAUAGCUAUCGGCUGUCUCCAAAAGGUUUCGAGAGCAGGACUCUAGUUAAGCUCAGAAUUGACUGUGGAAUUGAUAUUAGUUGGUUGGCUGGGAGCAUUUUCUUACCAGUGCUUAAAACUCUCAUUCUUGACUCAGUUGCGUUUUAUGUUGAUAAGUUUGAGAUUCUUCUUCAUGCUUUGCCUGCGCUUGAGGAAUUAGACCUGGUUGAUGUAAACUGGAGAGAUCGGGAUGUCACCGUCUCAAAUGCAACCCUCAAGACCCUAACAAUUGAUUCCGACGGUCAUUUAGGCACUUUUUCGUUUGAUACACCUAGUCUUGUUUAUUUCUUUUACUCUGAUUAUGUUGCGGAAGACUAUCCCCUAGUUAAAAUGGAAAACUUGCGUGAGGCUCGAAUCUUCCUUUUGGUUACUGAUGAUGAAAUAGAGCGACUAAGAGCGCCAAAUAAUGAUUGGUUAGAGGAUGAUAUGGACGAUGUUGUUCCCCGAUUUCAACAUGUGGGGAAGCUCAUGAAUGGCAUACGCAAUGUUGAGUAUCUCGACUUGUCUUCUGAUACUCUCGAGGCUCUUUCUCUAUGCUGUGAAUCGAUGCCAGUGUUCAAAAACCUCAGAUCGUUAGCUAUUAAAAGUAACCAAGAUCGAGGAUGGCAAGCAAUGCCAGCUCUUCUAAGGAAGUGUCCACAUUUAGAAUUUCUAGUUAUUGAGGGUCUCUUGCACUAUGUCACAGACAAAUGCGGGGAUGCUUGUGACUGCAUUUCUCGGGAGGAGAAAGGUCGUUCGCUCACAUCCUGUCCGGUAAAAAGAUUAGAGAUACAUGGGUUUCAAGGAACAAGCAAAGAGAUGCAAAUGAUAAAGCAUUUCUUGGACCACAUUCCUAGUUUGAAGGAGAUGGAGAUAUAUGCUGACGAGAAUGGUCCUACAAACCUUGAAGCUCCUGGGAUGCUUGAACGAAAUGCGCAUCUUUUUACACUCUACAACCACCUUUAUACUUGUGAUGUCCAGUUUAUGGUGCGUGUUUCCUUUUAUAAGAACUUGACUGCACAAUGAUAAGUCUUCAAGGAAGAAAACUUACUUAAUAGUUUGGUCAAACUCUCCGUUGGACCCUUGUUUACCAAGUCAUUUCAGUUUUAUUUAUCUGUUACAUCUCCUUCCCCUUUCCUCAGACAAGUUUGCUAGAUUUUUUCUCUUAA